AUGUGCUACCUGCUCUUCAUAGGGGUGGGCCCCAAGCUGAUGGCUCAGACAGCCAGUCAACCUCAGCCUGUGCUCAUCGUUUACAACUUUGCCAUGGUCUGCAUGUCUGCCUUCGUGUUCUAUGAGUUCACAGUGUCAUCCUGGUUGGCAAACUAUAGUUUAUUAUGUCAGCCUGUGGACUACAGCACCAGCUCAGUUCCUGAACAGAUGGCCAAGGUCUGCUGGUGGUUUUACUCCUCCAAAGUCAUCGAGCUCAGUGACCUGGUGUUCUUCAUCCUGAGGAAGAAGAACAGUCACUUGACCUUCCUACAUGUCUACCGCCACGGCACCAUGAUCUUCAACUGGUGGGCUGGGGUCAAGUACGUGGCAGGAGUACGCUUCCUUAUAGGCCUUAUCAACUCAUUGGUGCAUGUGGUGAUGUAUCUGUACUACUGGCUAGCAGCUCUAGGGCAUCAUAUGCAGAGAUAUCUUUGGUGGAAGCGCUACCUCACCUUCCUGCAGCUGCUCCACUUCCUCAUAGUGACCAUCUACACCAGCACCAACCUGUUCACUGACUGCCAAACCUCUACCAGAGCCAGCUCACCAUGAACAGCAAACAGAUAGGGAAGGAAUUCAGAGGCAAAUGUUACACAUUUUAUGUAAUUAAUAUUGUAUUUUGUAAAAAUAUUGAUCUAUUUAUUGACCAAUCAUGUUCAAGUAAAGCAGGUCUCUAUCUGCUGGCCUAUGUUUCUGUUCCAACCUUCCCUCCCACCUGUGGGAUAACAAACACACACAGACACCCAGAGCAAGCCCUCUCCCGUUCCCUCCCAGCCCCCAUUUGGUCAUUAGGGAUGAAAUCUCACUGGUGACUCUGCCAAAUUGAAAUAAACCCGAUCAGGCCUCCUGUGGCACUUAAUUUGUUUUAGGAGUCAUUGGCUGGGAGGUUAGCCAAUCGCCAGUCAGCAGGCAGCUUGAAACUGCCACCGUGAGCCACUCCCUCCCGGUCUCUGUUCUGUUAAGAUUCCCAGUAACCCCCCCUUCCUCACCCCUCACCCCCUGUCCCAUCCGCCCUCCCGUUCCCCCAACAUUCACGACAGUACACCAGGGACCCAAUAUUAGAUGCUCUAUCAUGACACAAGGCGAGACCCAGAUGCAGACACAAGAUGCAGAUAGUUGGAGUCUUACAAUAUUUAAUAAUCCAAUAGGAUAAGGCAAGAGAAUGGUCUUGGACAGGCAAAAGUUCAGAGUUCAACAGGUACCAAAUGGAAGGCAGAAUCAAGGUCAGGGCAGGCAGGAUGAUCAGGCAGGCGGGAAAGUAGUCCAGAGUCAGGCAGGGGUCAAAACCAGGAAGACUUUUUUAAAAGAGAAUAGCAAAGGAGAAUGAGAAAAACACGCUGGUUGACUUGACAAACAUACAAGAUGAACUGUCACAGAGAGACAGGAAACACAGGAAUAAAUACACUGGGGGAAAUAAGCGACACUUGGAGGGGGUGGAGACACAAGGACAGGUGAAACAGAUCAGGGCGUGACAUGCUAAUCAAUUGGCUUCACCAUCUUGUCGUCUUAGUUCUCUCUUUAUGUAGUGUUGUGGUGUCUCUCUUGUCG